UCGACCUUGUCUCGGCUUCAGAAUAUCAAUUUCCUUCCAGAUAUUGUUGCGCAUCAUCGGUCUCGUGAGUAACAUCAUCGGGGCACGUUCCUGAUCCACCGACAGAAAUUUUUAAUUUUAUUUUUUGCCAUCAUCGUUUUUUACCCGAGCGACUGGGUCUGACUAGUUCCUUUUCUUAGGCAAAGCCCCGAAACACCGCCCGUCUAUUGCUCCAACGAACUAGCCAUGUUUCGAUAAACGUCUGAAUGAGAUGAUUCUCCGCCGCCCUUGAUUUUUGAACCCAACAACUUCGAUCUUACCCUUUGCAGCUAUCCCCUCUCCUCUCCCCUCCCCCCCUCCUUCUGACUUGCUUUCUGAGUCCUACCCUGACUCUGAAGGCAGCUCGGCUGGUCGAAGAUGGAAGAACAGGUAAGAGUCAUAGUGUGUGCUUUAAAAAUGCUAAGGAAAAAAUGAUGCAAGAAAAAAAAAGAAAUCCACCCCCACCAUUGAUCCUCCCCCCCCUUCCCCUCGUGCUUGCCCCUCCUUCCAGCCUACCUAGCAAUCACUUCAUAACAAAAUAAGAUUGAGUAUUACUCGGUUCCUGACGUGAUUGUUCUCCUCUCUCAGGUAGCAAAUGCCAUAGAAAUCGCCUGGAACCAUUCCUCAGACCAAGCCCUCAAGGCCCAAGCUAUCGAAUAUGUGAACCAACUCCGCACCGACCCCUCGGGAUGGCAGGCCUGCCUCAACCUCUUCACCAAGUCUCCGCCGCAAUCUGAAAUCGUACGCUUCGUGGCUCUGGAAGUGGUCAACAGUGCUGCCCAGGCCGGUCUGAUUGACCCUCAGUCGUUAGUCUAUGUGCGGGACGGCUUGCUGGUCUACCUCCGCCAGGUGUACGGACAAGAAAAUGCCAACCCCGACCCUCCCAAUAUCCAGAACAAGAUCGCCCAGACCGUGACGUACCUUUUCUCGGCGCUGUAUGGGAACGGGUGGGAGUCGUUCUUCGACGACCUCCUCGGUCUGACGCACAAGAGCGCCGCCAGCACGACACGCGACAACCCACUGGGAAUCGUCUUCUACCUUCGCGUGAUCAACUCCAUCCACGAUGAGAUCGGUGACGUCUUGGUGUCCCGAUCCCGCCACGAGCAGGAUAAGGCCAAUUCGUUGAAGGACUUGAUCCGUGGUCAAGACAUGCAGAAGAUCGCCAACUCGUGGCAAGAGAUCUUGUCGGAAUGGCGGGACGGGAACGACCUGAUCGUCGAGAUGGCGCUGAAGGCGGUUGGCAGCUGGGUCAGCUGGAUUGACAUCGGCCUCGUGGUGAACCAGACCAUGCUGGACUUGCUGUUCCAGCAGCUGGGCCGCGCGCAGAAAGCGGAGCUGCGAGACGGCGAAGAGAAGGUACGGGAUGCGGCGGUCGACGUCUUCACGGAGAUCAUCGGCAAGAAGAUGAAGCCGGAGGACAAGAUUGAUAUGAUUAUUUUCCUGAAUCUCGACACUAUUGUUUCCCAACUCUCCAAUAGCCCCCCUCUCUACGACAAUAGGUUCACCUUCAAGUACGACACCGACCUUGCGGAAACCGUCGCCAAGCUCGUCAACAUCAGCGUCGUGGAUAUUGUGCGGGCUUUGGAACAGGACACGGUCAGCGCCGACUGCCGGGAGAAGGCUACUGGCCUGCUGCAGGCCUUCUUGCCGCACAUCCUGAGAUACUUUUCCGACGAGUACGACGAAGUCUGCUCCACCAUCAUCCCAUCCGUGAGCGACCUUCUGUCGUACUUGCGCAAGAUCGCCAAGACCAACCCUGCUCUGGCUGCCCAGCACUCCUCGAUUCUCCUCCCUAUCCUAAAAGCGAUCAUUGCCAAGAUGCGGUACGACGAGACCUCCUCGUGGGGUGACGAGGACGACCAGGAGGACGAGGCGGAGUUCCAGGAUCUCCGCAAGAGACUGGGCGUGCUUCAGCAGAUCAUCGCCACCGUGAACGAGUCGCUUUACAUCGACGCUGUCUCCGAAGUCGUGGCCACGACGUUCGAAAAUCUGCGCCAAUCGGGUGCCCAGCUUGACUGGCGGGAUCUGGAUCUUGCCUUGCAUGAAAUGUUCCUCUUCGGAGAUAUUGCUGUCAAGGCCGGCAGUCUCUACAUCAAGGGCGCUCCCCACAAUUCUGCUGCGGAGCGAUUGAUCGAAAUGAUGUUGAGGAUGGUCGAGUCCGAUAUUCGGUCAUUUACCCAUCCCGCAACGCAGUUGCAGUAUAUGGAAAUCUGCGUCCGCUAUAGCUCGUUCUUCCAGUAUCAUUCCCACCUGAUUCCGGGCGUUCUGGAGAGUUUCCUCCAGCUCGUGCACCACCCGAUAAAGAAGGUGAAGACGCGGUCUUGGUACCUAUUCCAGCGCCUGGUGAAGCAGCUGCGGGCCAACCUUGGAAACGUGGCGCAAACCGUCGUGGAGGCCCUGGGCGAUCUGCUGGUCAUCCAAGCCGAGGUGUCCACGGACGGAUCUGAUGGCGACGAAAUGUCCUCGGAGGACCACGAGGGCUCUGCCGACGCCGUCUUCAAUAGCCAGCUGUACUUAUUUGAGGCGGUUGGCAUAAUUUGCUCGACCCCCGCCGUUCCGGCGGAUAAACAGGUUCUCUACGCGCAGUCCGUGAUGAACCCCGUGUUCCUCGACAUGCAGAAGAACCUCGGUCCCGCCAAGUCGAACGAUGAGCGAGCUUUGCUCCAGAUUCACCACGAUAUCAUGGCGCUGGGAACUUUGGCCCGCGGAUUCUCGGACUGGAUGCCGGGUACAUCUACGCCCUCUGCCCUGCCAGCUGUCGAGGUUUCGGAAGCCUUUGUUCAGGUGUCCGAAGCUACGCUCGUUUCGCUUGAGUCUUUGAAGGCGUCGUUCAAUGUCCGAACGGCUGCCCGAUUCGCUUUCUCUCGGUUGAUCGGCGUUCUGGGCGCCCGGAUCCUCCCGCAGUUGCCGCAGUGGAUCGAUGGCCUGCUCACUCAGACCUCCUCCCGCGACGAGAUGGCCCUCUUCUUGCGUCUUCUGGACCAGGUAAUCUUUGGGUUCAAGGGCGAGAUCUACAACAUCCUUGAUGCUCUUUUGACACCUUUCUUGCAACGAGUUUUCUCCAGCAUUGCCGAUCCUACUACUGGUACCGACGACGAGAUUCAAUUGGCGGAGCUGAAGCGAGAAUACCUGAACUUCUUGCUGGCGGUCUUGAACAACGAUUUGGGUGCUGUGAUUAUCAGCGAGAGAAACCAACCUAUGUUUGAUACUGUGAUUACCACUAUCGAACAUUUUGCUAAGGAUGUUGAAGACUUUACGACGGCCAAGAUGGCGUUCUCGCUACUCUCCAAGAUGGGUAGCUCCUGGGGAGGACCAGAUCUCACCCCCGAGGCCGCCAACGGGGCUUCGGCGCAGCAGGUUGCCUUGCCUGGAUUCGGACAGUUUAUGAUCACGCGUAUGUCGCCGCUCUGCUGGGCUCUUCCGGCAACUCCGUCCUUCAACGCCAAGGAUGCGCAGGCCAAGCAGGUUCUUGCCGAAGCGGGCGGGCUGCAGCGCACGAUCUACUGCAAGACGGGCAUGGAGUAUAUUGAAUAUCUGCGGGGCCGCGAGCUUCCCGGCAUGGGGAUGCCGGCGGAGCUUGUGGAAGAAUUUUUGGGUGCAUUGAGCCGGUUGGACACGAGGGGAUUCCGGCAAUUCUUCCCGACCUUUAUCCAGCGUUUGAGCGCAUGAAGCUAUCAUCUUUUCUGACCGCCUUUAUUGUUUACACUUCAUACAUUAUCUUUAUGACAUUUCUUUAUUCCAACACCCCUUCCUAUGCUCCUCGAUCAUUCCUCGCAAUUUUCCCUUCGUCUUAGAUAUCCCCUACGGUUUGGUUUGAUGACUGAUGUCCUCGCGUGCUCCAUUACACUGACAGCUGUGUCUCCGCGGACACCGUCUUCCUGUCUAUUGUUGAAGAUCAGUAAGAAAAAAGCAAAAGAUUGCGAAACACACAAAAUGAAAAAGACCAAAAACAAGUAUAUAGUUUGCGAGGUAUUCUGCAUGAUCAGGCGUUGAUUUUUCCUUCUUCUCCCGGAGCAUUCAUCCCAUCACCCAUGCAUCCCCUUGGAAUUACUCAUUAAGUAGCGCGAUGCAAGAGCGCAGCGGAGAGAAACAAAAUAAAAGCACAAGCGAUGAUCGUUCUAAUAACAGGUUUUAUUGCGUUUUGAGCAGGUGGAUUCCGAAUGGCGGAAAUUGAACUGGCUAGCAGGUCUUCUGAAGUCUAGUCUUGGUCGAGGGAGGUGAGGGUGGAAUGGGACGUGAGAGCGCAAGAGACGGAUAGGAUUUCUUUUCUUCUUUUCUAUUCUUUUACUAUCCACUAUGGGAUUGGUUUGGUGGUGAUGAUGACGAUAGGUACCUAUUGAUAUUGACGUUGGACAUGAACAUACUUGUUUUUAGAAAUCGAUUUUUUUGUGAUUUGAACCUGUGGAUGUCUGAAUGGUACUAUGAUAUACCUACUUGGAUAUAAUAAGUUAUAGAUAGACCGGGUCUGUCCAUUC